AUGAUGAGGUGGCCUAUUUGUGGACCAAAAUUAUCUUUAUGUUUUUCGAUUAUAUCAGUUUGGGGUAUUAUACAAUUUAUAUUAAUGGGUAUAUUUUUUUAUGUUCAAGCUGCACCAUUAUUAGAUGAGUUUGAGUUUAAAAAUGAACAAAACAACAAAGAAUCGUUUGAAAAUGAUAUUAAACAUGCAUUUCAUCAACGUGCAUAUAAUUGUUGGAUAGCAGCAUUUCUUUAUGUUGGCUUAUUAAUAUUUGCUGGUUCACAAUUUAUGACAAAUCAAAAUCGAUCAUCAGGAUCAAAUAUUUCAACAUCCAUGGCAUCACCAUUUCUUGGUAUAACAACAGAAGAGAAUGGUUUUAAUCGACAAUAUGGAAUGCAAUUUCAUGAUGAACAGAAUAAUUAA